CCGGUCAGUUGAAAUUAGACUAAAAGGUCCAGGACCACAGCUUAACGCUAAUUUUCUUUAAUUUUUCAGAUACCUUCUGUCUAUCACAUCGAUAGAAGAUCAUUACGUCUUAUAAAGGAUUUAUAUAGCAUCGUCUGAUACUCCCGUUUUUUAAAGAUCAAGAUGGUGGCCGUUAUUUCUGCUAAUCCCAGUGAGAGGUUGAUGGACAAUCGCAUUGACGAUGACGUAGAAGUUGCCGAGGAACAGACCUCCUUCUUCCGUCGUUUUUUUGCCAAGAGACGCAACGUGAUCUUUCUCUCCGCCGCUUCAUUCCUCUUGCUUGUAUUGGCUUCUACCCUUACUGGCAUCUUUGUCGCUCGCCACAGGGCCGUUGUUGCGUUCAAGGAAAAUCUCACUCAAUUCUUGGAUGAAAAAUUUGUUCUCACCGAGCCCAAAGAACGUGCUUCUCAUGUCGAGGAGUUGACUGACUUGUUCAGCAACGGCUACAUUAGCGCUGAUCAUGUUUCCGAGCUUGAAGCUUUGAUGGAAUUCGACGAAUUCAACAAGUUCUACUCCCGCGAGCACGCUGAUGCCGAUGAGCGCCGUGUUCGUUUCUUGGCCUUCCGUAACAACUACAACGCCGUAAAGGCCCAGACUGGCGAAGAGUCUUACGAGAAGGGUAUCAACAAAUUCAGUGAUAUGACUGAUGAGGAAUUCAAUCUCAGAUUCCCUGCCCUAUCCGUUGAGGAGCUCAAGAAGAGUCUUGAAGUAUCAGCAUCCGAGGAAUUCACUUCUCCAGAACAUUUGGAUAAGGUCAGAAUUGCCAAGGGUCUAGGUGUUGAAGACUCCGUUGAUGGUGAAGAUCUGGAUUGGAGAAAGCUUAAUGGUGUCACCCCUGUCAAGGACCAAGGCAACUGUGGUUCCUGCUGGGCUUUUGCCGCUGUUGGAUCUGUUGAAAGUUUGUACUUGAUCAAAAAAGGUCAGGCCCUUGACUUGAGUGAACAAGAGUUGGUCAACUGCGAAGAAAACAGUAAUGGUUGUGAGGGCGGUCUCCCCAACAAGGCUUUGGAAUACAUCAAGGCCAAGGGUAUUUCACACUCAAAGGAUCUUCCAUACCAUGCCGCUAAUGAAGAAUGCGUAGUGUCAUCAUCUGACAAGGUCUUUAUUCAUAGCUUCUUUGCCAACACUGGCUUGGAUAUCCUCAACAAGUCACUUGUUGUUUCUCCAACAAUCGUAGCUAUUGCAGCUUCAAAGGAAUUUACAGCAUACAAGGGUGGUAUAUUCACUGGAGAAUGUGCUCCAGAGCUCAACCAUGCUGUUUUGUUGGUCGGCGAAGGCCAUGAUGAGGCAACUGGCAAGCGUUUCUGGAUCGUCAAAAACUCCUGGGGAACAGACUGGGGAGAGAACGGUUUCUUCAGGUUUGAGCGUACUGAUGAAGGUUCCGACAAGUGCGACAUUCUUGAAUUUGGCUUCACACCCGCGUUGAAGUGCCACAGCAAAAAGCUAUAGCCGUCUGCUAUAAGUUAUAUAUGUAUG